UUUAAAAAGAGUAAUUCCGCUCUUUCGCUCAGGCCCGUGACGCCGGCAGGAUGGGUAAGUGUCGUGGACUUCGUACUGCUAGGAAGCUCCGUAGCCACCGACGAGACCAGAAGUGGCAUGAUAAACAGUACAAGAAAGCCCAUUUGGGCACAGCCCUGAAGGCCAACCCUUUUGGAGGUGCUUCUCAUGCAAAAGGAAUCGUGCUAGAAAAAGUAGGAGUUGAAGCCAAGCAGCCAAAUUCUGCCAUUAGAAAGUGUGUCAGGGUCCAGCUGAUCAAGAAUGGCAAGAAAAUCACACCCUUUGUACCCAAUGAUGGUUGUUUGAACUUUAUUGAGGAAAACGAUGAAGUUCUGGUUGCUGGAUUUGGUCGCAAAGGUCAUGCUGUUGGUGAUAUUCCUGGAGUUCGCUUUAAGGUUGUCAAAGUAGCCAAUGUCUCUCUUUUGGCCCUAUACAAAGGCAAGAAGGAAAGACCAAGAUCAUAAAUUUUAAUGGUGAAAACACUGUAGUAAUAAACUUUCAUAUGCCAAAAAAAA